AUGGAAGAGCAUGAACACCACCUGCGGUUAGUUUUUGAAAAGCUGAGAGAACACCAACUAUACGUGAAGAGGGAAAAAUGCGCGUUCGUGCAACAACGAAUCAAAUUCCUCGGACACGUAAUAGAAGCAGGCAAGGUAGGUAUGGAAGAGGAGAAAGUCAAAGCCACCAAGGAGGGGAAGAUCACCUCCUCAGUGACAGAAGUGCGCUCCUUCCUUGGGUUGACAAAUUACUAUCGAAGAUUCGUUGAAGGAUUCUCAAAGCGCGCAGAGCUCUUGACCGAACUAUUAAAGGAGGGAAACAAGUGGAGUUGGACUUCACGGUGUCAAGAAGCUUUUGACAACCUUAAGAACGACAUGAUGGAAGAGCCAGUUUUAGGGAUUGCCGCGUGA